UAAUAAAAUAUUUAACACCUUAAAAGGAUUAUUUAAACAUCUAAUAACAUAAAGGAUCUCGAAUAACAUUCAGCUUCUCAAUGUUUGGCUUAAAUGUUAUCAUCUCGAUUGUACUCACAUUAACCACCAUCUACCUAACCUAUAAAUGUAUAUACUCAUAUUGGCACAGACGUAAUAUACCAUUUAUUAAACCCUUGCCCCUAGUAGGCAAUCUGCUAGAUAUAAUAUUAUUAAAAGUAUCGUUUGGAGAACUUUUUCAACAAUUAUAUGAGCACCCUAUCCUUCAAAACAGAGAUUAUGGUGGUAUAUUUUUACUACAACAACCGGGCCUCAUAAUACGGCAACCAGAAUUAAUUAAAAAGUUACUUAUCAAAGAUUUCGAUAUGUUUUUGAAUCGUUUUGAGGCCGCCGAUCAAAUAUACGAUCAUAUGGGUUUCUUAACUCUGCCACUUUCGAAAUAUGACAUUUGGCGUACGUGUAGAAAAAAGAUGUCUGAAGUUUUCACUUCAGGUAAAAUAAAACAUCGCAUGUAUCCUUUAAUGCUGAAAAUUUCUCAGGAAUUGGAGUCUUAUAUUUUAAGACAAUUUGAAAAUACAUUAUAUAAUGUUAAGGAAAUUGAUAUAGAAGUCAAAGAAAUGUGUGCUCUAUUCACGACUGAUCUGACUUCUGUUUUGCACUAUGGUGUCGAUGUUAAAAGUUUAAAAACUGGCCAUUCCUCACUCAGACAACAAACCAAAGAACUAUUUAGGGCUAAUUUUAAACAAGUUUUAAAUUUUUUAAUAGUAUUCUUUUUACCUCAUCUAACGACUGUCUUGAGAGCCAAAGUCUUUAGCUCUGGUUAUUCGAAAUUUAUGCGUAAUUUUACUUUAGAGAGUUACCAACAAAGACAACAAAUACCAGAACCUUCUUUAAUACAAGGAGAUUUACUUGAUGUUUUGCAAAGAUUUCAAAAUGAUGGAUCUGUUAAUGAUUCUUAUAAACAACAUUCCGAUUUUAUACCCUCACAAGUGGCGAUUUUUUUAUUGGCCGGUUUCGAAACCUCCUCCUCAGUUAUAGGUUUCAUCUUAUACGAAUUAAGCAAAUAUCCCGAGAUUCAACAACGUUUAAGAAAGGAAGUAUUAGAGGCUUUUAAUGAGGAGAAAUGUUUAUCGUACGAAAAACUUCAAGAACUUAGUUAUUUACAGUGUGUGGUAUGUGAGGGCUUACGCAUGUAUCCUGCUGCUGCUUUCAUUAAUAGAGAAUGUACGCCGGGAAAGGACUCACCGCAGGGAUUUUAUCUGAAACCUGAUUUGUUUAUACCCAAAGGAAUGCCUUUAUAUGUUUCUAUACUGGGACUACAUAGGGAUCCAAAGCAUUGGCCUGAACCUCACAUUUUUCGUCCCGAACGUUUCGCCGCCGAUAAUUUGCCAAAUAUAAAUCCCAUGACUUAUUUACCCUUUGGUGCCGGACCACAUGGUUGUAUAGGCAGUCGGUUAGGCUUGCUGCAAGUAAAACUUGGCUUGGCUCACAUACUACGAAUAUGUCGGGUUCAGAAGUGUAUCCAAACCCCUGCGGAUAUAAAAUUUGAUGUAAAAUCAUUUAUGUUGCAGGCCAAAAGAGGAAUUUAUCUUAAAUUUAUUAAAGAACAAAAUGGCUAAUGUUAUUUGGUGUGUUGAUAACUUUAAAAAUAAAUGGCUGUGUAAUUUUUGA